GGAGGCGGGGAGCGAGGGAGGCGCGCAGGGCUGGGAAGUCGCGCGCACACCCCGCUCCGGGGACAGACGUUUAACUCUUGCCAUGUCUCGCCGCCGCCACCGCGGCUCGCGGGCCUUGGGCUUCCCCUGAAGCAUGAGACUCCUCGCCCGCCGCUACCGGCGCUGCGCUGGCCGCGGACAGUGCGCCCCGGGGCCCCGCGCGCACAGCCUCAGGAUCCUCUGCGCCCGCAGCCGGGGCGCCGGAGGAGCUCGGCCAGGGGCUGGCGGCAGGCAAACUGUGGGUGACCGCGCCUGUGGGGGACUUUGCCAUCCGUCCACUGGGACCUGGGGAGCAAGAAGCAGAAGCACCCCAUCCCCUCCCCCUCUACCAUUUCGGAUACCCCGCAGGGACUCGUUUUGGGGUGCCCACUGACUUCCGAGAAGGACGCGUGCCCCUCUCUGACCCCAUCGCGGGUGGCCACCUGUCUUUGCCGCGGUGACCCCUCUCCCAUGACCCUGCGGUGCCUCGAACCCUCCGGGAAUGGCGCGGAAGGGACGCAGAGCCAGUGGGGGACCGCGGGAUCCGCGGAGGAGCCGUCUCCGGAGGCUGCGUGUUUGGCGAAGGCCCUACGGGAGCUCAGUCAAACAGGUUGGUACUGGGGAAGUAUGACUGUUAAUGAAGCCAAAGAGAAAUUAAAAGAGGCACCAGAAGGAACUUUCUUGAUUAGAGAUAGCUCGCACUCAGACUACCUACUAACCAUAUCUGUUAAGACAUCAGCUGGACCAACUAAUCUGCGAAUCGAAUACCAAGAUGGGAAAUUCAGAUUGGACUCUAUCAUAUGUGUCAAGUCCAAGCUUAAGCAAUUUGACAGUGUGGUUCAUCUGAUCGACUACUAUGUUCAGAUGUGCAAGGAUAAGCGGACGGGCCCAGAAGCCCCCCGGAACGGCACCGUUCACCUUUACCUGACCAAACCGCUCUACACGUCAGCACCGCCUCUGCAGCACCUGUGUAGACUGACCAUUAACAAGUGUACCGGUACCAUCUGGGGACUGCCUUUACCAACAAGACUAAAAGAUUACUUGGAAGGAUAUAAAUUCCAGGUAUAAGUGUUUCUCUUUUUCUAACCAUGCCUCCUCAUGUAGAGUCUCUCCAAAUGCAGCUUUGUCAAAGAGAACCAAAACUUGAGUGACUGCUCUGGAUAACUACUCGGAAUUCUCAAAACAGCUGAAGUCCAUCUAAUUUAAACGUGUGCCGAGGUAGCGAGGUAUUUAAAGUUCCCCCAGAUACUUUCCCCUGAGUGAUGCUUGCCUUCCUAAGGCUGACCAAGACCCGUUAAUCCUUUUUAGUUAAAAACACAGCGUCCCGUGUAAAGGCCGAAAGGAACAUUUUAUCAGAAUGCCUUGCCUUUCUGAGGUUCCUCUUUAUUAGGUCAAAGGUCCGUGCCCCGGUAGUAGGGAGAGAACUUGGGACACAGGAGUACGGAAGGAGAGGAAGGAACCCAACUGACACAGGCUUAGGUUCGAUCUCAGAUGCCUGGUGGUCAGAGUGUCCUUUAGGCCAUUUUCUCUUUUUGCGUUCUUGAUGUACCUAGGAGUUUGUUAAACAGAUAUGCUUGUGAGUAUUUAUCCUUCAUUUUAUGCAAUUAACCGAAUCAACCAAAAAAGCGACCAUGAACUCCUGUAUUUGACUUUUUACUACAUGUAUGAACUCUCCCAUGUAAAUGAGUACUGUAGUAAUCCGUUUUAAGGGAGCCUUAUCUCAGAACUCUUUCAAACUGGUGCACACGGAAAAGACUUUGUCUUUUCCUUUAAGGCUAAAGACAAGAUCAUGCUCUACAGGUGCCACUCAAACCCUGUUAAUAAAACCAUGUAGAUACAGACAUUUGAUCCUUUCAAGUAGCUGUGUCCCAGCCUGUUGCCAUUGACUUUUUGGAAAUGGCUGUAGAAAUUUCCAAGUUGUCCUUGAAUUGUCUAACCGUGGACAUCAGCAGUUGUCUCCCUUCUACCAUGUAGAAUACUUUGACUUAAUUCUCUUCCAGAUAUAGGGGGAUAUCUGCCUGUUUUUCAAAGUGUUUAUUUACUGCUGUUACUAUUUGAUUAGAAUGUAUUAAAUAAAAAAAAAACUUGACUUUUACAAGUUGCACUUAUUACUUUGAAUUGUAGAGAAUGGACACGUUCAUGGUAAUAGUUGCCGUAAAAACUUAUGUCAUGUGAAAUCAGCCAAAUGUUCAGCAAGAGGUAGAACGUGGCUUACCCUUCCCUAAAGUUACGGGCCGCAUUCGCCCUUUGCGUUUUGGAAAGCAUGGUUUCGAAAGUACGAGUACUGUUCAGUGGCCUGAUCUUUUACACAUUGAAUAGGCAUCACACAAAUGCCCUGUGUGCUUCCAAAAACAUGGUUUAGAAACUGCAAAAAUUGUGACACAUCCUGGUCAUUUAUGGGUUGAGUAGGCAUAAUACAAAAUAAAAGUUAGAAGUUUUAUGGCUAUUUAUUUUUUGUCACACAGUCUCAUGACUGUUGUGGAUGAACCUCUUUAAAUGUUAGAGUCCGGACAGUAUUCAUUUUGCCACCUUUAAAAAAAAAAAUGUCCUGCAUAGUUACGUACUCGUGUGUCAUGGGGAAAGCGAACAUUGUAGAUCAUGUGUGUGCCCCAAAGUGAAUUAGAAAAUUCGGUUAUAAAUUAUAGUGAAAUCUGCUUAUCCCAUGUCAUGAAAAUAUUCAUAUUUUCAUGAAGCUCUUGAAAAAUGGUUUUGUGUCUGGAAGGAAAACAUAACUAUGCAUGUCCAAACAGCAGAGCCAAACACAAAAGAUUGCUAGGUGUGCCUUGGGAAGAAUUUAUUUGUAGCCUAAAAUUUAAAGAAGAGCGCUACUUUUGGGGUCUGGUCUACGAUGGGGACCUUUUCAUUAGGGUCUUCAGAGUCUGUGCUUAAUUUGCCCCUUUUCCCCACUGACAACAUUUGUUUAGUGUGGGGUGUCUGACUCUUCUGGCAAAACUUGCACAGGGUGGGUGUCAGGGGCUUUGGAAUUCCUUUAAGGCUUUUGCAUUUCUGUUCCCAUUGAUUCUGACUCUCUGAUACUUGUCACUACUGAGACUUGGACGGAUUGGUGGGGCGUGAGUACUCACGGGACUGUAGCCACUAGCAGGUGGCCCAGUUAUGAGAAAACCAGAGAAUAGCAAAGGUAUCUCUGGGGUGUGCUGUGGAACGAUUGCCUUACAUUUCCAUCUUCCCCGUUCCAAGUAAGUUGAUAAGCAUCAGGAGACAGUCUUUUUUAGGGCAGGGGUGUUGGGGUUGUUUCGCUCUGGUGUUGUUUUUUUGUACAUACAAUUACGAACAUCAUUUAUUGAGUUUAUUGUGUGUCGAGUUCUCGCUCAGCACUUUACAUGCAUUAUCUCAUUUAAUCUUCACCCCGACCAGGUGAGCAAAGUUCAGUGAUGACAGGAGGUAUACCUUCUGAUUUGUAGUGAGGUGGCAUUCCAGGAACAUCCCAGCCCUUUUUAUUCCUGGAGAGGAAUUAUGAAGAGCAAAUUGCUGCUAUUUCUACAUUGAUCCAGACGAACAAGUUAGAACAGGCUGUAAAAGGAACCUCAGUGUUUUUACUGCUGCCUCAACGGGAAAAGUCUGGGGUACCUUAAUUAAUGUACUCUGUGGGAUUUGAAUCACCUUGGCCCGAUGGGGUUUUUUUCCUGGUGUGGGGGUAAGUCAGGAAAGGGCUAACCGUCUUACUUGGUUGCUGGUAAAUGCUGCCAGUUACCAAUCGUUGCUAGCCCCAUUUUACAGAUGGCCCAGCCACCACGUUAGGAUGUACACUUGACUAAAUUAUCCUCAAUGGAGCCAGGAAAAAUAGCGUUUUUUCCCUAUGGAGGGCACUUUGGGGCAUUAGUGAGAUUAUGUAUUGUGGUUGUUACUGUUAAAAGAAUAGAGUACACAGAACUUGUGUAUCUCCAUGGACUUAAAAUAUUUUGAUGUGAGUUUCCACUCUGAGCAGAUUUGAGGCCGUGGAGUUUUUUAAUUCCAUCCUAGUGGGCUCUAGGGACUGCUUUUUAGGGACUUGGGUUUUUUUAGAGCUUUGGACAGUGAAGAAAAGGCAGUUUAGCUUAUGAGCUGAGAGUUCUUUUUGGCAUGUCAGUAAGAAAGUCUUGACUUCAUAGUAAUUAUGUAAUCCAAAUAGGUAACAGAAUGGGACAGUUGUUUGGAGUGUUUAUUUUCUUGGGAAGGAUUUUUUCUGCUUUUAGAAAAUUGUACCCUGGUAGGAGGGUAGGAGACAGAGACGUCAUCAAAUAAUCCAAGGGAUGGAAUGUCCUGAGACCAGGCCGUGCCCUUCUCGGUUGUCGGUUUAGGCACAGGGUAGCGGGGGUUGAGUGACUGUGGUUCCAUCUAACAGCUGGGCCGAGGUCUGUCUUGUCUCCGUGGUCAGGAUCUCGGUUCUAAUGCUUUGGAGCAAAAAAGGGUUGUCAUUCAUUCUGGGCCUUUCAUUUACUAAGAAGCCUGUCACCCCUCCCAGUUUUUUACUGCCUAGAAUUUUAAAGCUCGAAAUCACUUUUCAGAUCAUAUAUUUUAGUUCUGACAUUUUCCUGAGGAAGGUUUUUCAGACCCAGGGAGGUCAGGAGAUUUGUGUGUCCAUGCACACACACAACACACACACAAUUCAGCAACUCAGUGACAGGGUUGGUGUUUGAGCCAAGAGAGUCGAACCUCGGGUUUCCUAUUUGUGAAAGCUGCACCCUUCUACCCUGUGUGUGAAUGGUCAGUGUCCUUCUUUGCUACACUGCAAGCCCUACAGGGCAUUUUUUUUUUUUUAAGAUUUUAUUUAUUUGAGAGAGAGAGACAGACAGACAGCA